UCUAUUUAGGGCAGUCACAGCCACAGCUUAGGGUUUGUUUUUUACCCUGCUGCCACACAGGCAGUGGUGCAGCGUUCAUGUUAGGAGCCAGCAUUCAAGCACGGGCUCGGGCUGACUGCCACUGCUUCUACAAUGGGCAAUACUAGCAUCACCGAGGGCAAGACUGCCAUGGCAGUGGGAAGCACCUCCAUAGCCAGGGGAAAGACUACUGUAGCCAUGGGCAACUCCUCCGUCUUCAGGGGAGUGACCACCACCUCCAUGGGAGACUCCACCAUCCAAAGGCAAAAGACGACGGUGGCUCUGGGACGGGCCAGCUUCAGCCGGGGAACCACAACCACCUCCUUCCGCAAAGCCUUGAUGUCCAAGCGCAAGAACACCUAAAUGGACAGGACCCCUGAAGCCAGGGCCAAGACACCCAAAGCAGCCAAGCCGUCCAAAAAAGACUCUAACAAUGAGUGGAAAACCACAUUCUUGUCAAGCAAGACCUCCUUCACCAAAGGCAGGGUUUCAAUCCUGAGGACUAAGUACGCCAUCUCCUGGGGUAAUUCCUCGAUCUCCUGGAGCAGAACCACCGUAACUUUGGGCAACACCAUUGUAGCGGUGGGCAAAACCUCGGUCACACGAGGGGAGAACACCAGCUCUCUCGCUACUCUGACCUUCACCCAUGGGACCAAGUCUGUGUCAGUGAUUAAAACCACCCUCAUCAGGGGCAAAGAAACGCACAGCAACAUCUACUGGAAUUUUCACACAUGAUUCCGCCCCACAGUUUAAAACCCAAGGAUAUUUCUAUCUGCUCAGUUUUAGCAGGUCAGUAGUAAAAGUCAAUAAAAAAAGAGUUGCUAUGCUUAUGUUCAGUGUGUGACAUCAUCUGUUACCUGUUUGCACAAGGUGCAUUUGUAAGAAAGUGCUAAGGGAGUAGCAGAACUAAUGGGUUUGCAAUCAAGAGUGAGAUUUUCCAAAGCCACGCUGAGUGUGUUAUGCAAAUGUAACAGCAAGAGAUGUUGUUGUAUGGUGUGUCUACUUGGCAGGGAGGGAAAAUGUGUAACAGUCGUGUGGGAUGUAUGUGGUGAAGCACAAGAGAGUGUGUGUGUUUUUCAUCAGCACUGUUCUCCUGUACAUUGUGCAUGUACAGUCAUCAACUUGUCAACAUCUUUGGUACAAAUGUAGUAUUUUAACAUUGGUUGUUAGCCUGCAUUUCCAUUACAUAAUUUUUCUCCAGAAAACACAGUUUUCAACUAGAAAAACUGUAAUGUAACAAUGCUCAUAAAGUAACAUGUUUAAA